GUCGGAUUCAAGCUCCGCCCACGCACGCUUUGGGUUCGUCCUCGCUUUAAAAAUUAAAUGCCCACUUGAAAGUCCGAAUGGAUAUCCACAUCUCUGGAGGAAUAAAUACACACAGGGUUAUGAUGCAGUGGAGUUAAAAUGCAAUGGCGAAGACGCAUAAAUCAAAAGGAGGAUGCAAAAUUUUGCGUUACUGCUGGAAGGGACAAAGUGGGGCUUGACAUCCAAUACAUCAAUGCCUUCAAAGAUGACCAGUGACAGAAGUCAGACUGAAAUGAUUAUGAGCGCCGUGAGCCAGACGAGGCCAGUGCUUGACCGAGCCACCAGAGUUGAAAAGGCUCUUGACGAGAAAACAAAUCAAGAAAUUCCCAAGACCACAAAUUCCAAAUCAGCAAAUGGAACCGUUGAACAGAUGACCAGUGACAGAAGUCAGACUGAAAUGAUUAUGAGCGCCGUGAGCCAGACGAGGCCAGUGCUUGACCGAGCCACCAGAGUUGAAAAGGCUCUUGACGAGAAAACAAAUCAAGAAAUUCCCAAGACCACAAAUUCCAAAUCAGCAAAUGGAACCGUUGAACAGAUGACCAGUGACAGAAGUCAGACUGAAAUGAUUAUGAGCGCCGUGAGCCAGACGAGGCCAGUGCUUGACCGAGCCACCAGAGUUGAAAAGGAUCUCGAUGAGGAAAUGCCUCAGGAAAGUCCCGAGACAACAAAUUCCUCAUCAUCAAAAGAAGUUGUUGAACAGGUGACAAGUGAGAAAAGCCAGAUUGAGAGGACUGUGAGUGGCCUGAAUCAGACAAGUCCAGUGUUGGAUGUCCUCCCUGUGUUUGGACAGGAUCAACAGUCUGAUGUUACCCUUGAUGAUAUCCAAGUUCACAGAGAUUUCUACAGAUUCGCAGUUCCCACCACACAGCUGGCCAAGGUUUCCAAACUGCUUCUGUCAAUGCAAAAAGGAUGUCUUUCUGGUCUGCAAGGGAAAUCCCUGGAUGAGAUUGCACUUGAAGGUGAAAUUGCGUUAAGUGAUGCUGAGGCCGAGGAUAGUCAGAGGGAGUCAGAUGACAACGGCACAACAUUCACAUCACACUGUGGAAAUAUCAAGCCUGUGGAUGCUGCAUCUGUUUCUGCAUUAGCAGAGGAGGCUCGUGACACUGAAGGUUUUGGAAACGAUGCUGCUCAACAACGGGAUUCCAGAAGAAUAACAAAGAGAACGUGGUCUAAGGCUGAAGUUGCUGCAGUAAUGCGACAUUUCAGAGAUCACAUAUCUAAAGGAAAAUUGGCCACCAAAAAUGAAUGCAGUCACUGCAAGCUGGUAGAAGACCCUGUGUUAGCCCAGAGAACAGUGCAAAAUAUCAGAGACUUUGUGAGAAAUCGAGGAACAGCUGCAAAGAGGCAGCCACAGAAGCAUAAGCUUUAAGUUCAUUUGCAGUUAUUCUCUUGUGUUGUAAUUUUUCUGUUGCCUUAAUAUGUUUCGUAACAGCGAGUUGAGUGCACUUGCUUUUAUUUAUGUCUGCACACUUUUUCGUACUUUUCUUUGAUUUUAGCUGUUGUAUGUUUUAAGUUGUGUAGACAGAUCUUUAAGUGCAAUUUUACUUUUUUCGGAUAAUAAACCGACUGUUCCAUUAA